AUGUGCAUUCCCACUCUAACCACACGCUCGAUACUCGCUCGCUCGUUCCUGCCUCGAGGGCCGAUCACGGCGUCGUGUCACGUCGACUUGACUCGUCGCAUGUGGAGCACCGCUCGGUUAGCAGCAGCAGCGACGCCCGCCCGAACGACUUCCCGCGGUAUUACCACCACCUCUACGGGUACGACCACGACUUCUCCGCCAACCCAAUUGAAUAAGUCUCAAGAUUCGGAGGCGUCGUUUCAGCCUCAUCCCGCAGGUACGUUUCAUCGCUGCUCGAGGUGGCGUGGCGCCGGCAUGUGGGGGGUUCGUACCUCGGUGCUCUGUCACACUGCGUCCACUACCGCAGCAUCGAGAAACGCGCAAACUAGGAUCAUUUCAACUGAUCGUUCCGAUACCUUGUCUGAGUGCAGAUGUUAAGGCGAUCGCUCCGACGGCAGAGAAGCAAGGAUGGACCAGCUCGCGACCUUAUGAAGGUCAGUUCCGCCCUUCUAUCAGCGAUGUACCGAUUACACCAGGGAUGCUGACCCUUACAUGCACCGUUAUUCAGACUGGGUCAUGACCCAUCCCGUCUAUUCGCCAGAGGAAGUCAACGCCGUAAAGGUCGUGUACCAUCCUCGCGUCACCGCCGGCGACAAGCUCGCGGCAGGUCUUGUCUGGUUCGCAAGAAGGAUGUUUGAUUUCGUGACGGGGUACAAGGUGAGUACAGUCUCGAUCAGCGAGGAGAUAGAAAGCGAUGUGGACUGAUUUUUCUAUUCCCUUGGCCAUUCUCACCUCAGCACGCCUCACCGGAAGCGGCGCGAAAAGCUUUGGCCGAAGCGGGCAAGGGGAAUGCCUCGGUGCAAGAUCUCAUCAAGGAAGGCUACAGUGAGCAUGAUUAAGCGCAAAAUAAAUUCCUUCGAUCAUCAGCUACUGACUACUCGUCUCACCGAUGUAGUCAUGUCCGUCGACCAAUGGAUGGCGCGCAUUCUCUUCCUCGAAUCGAUCGCAGGCGUACCUGGGAUGGUCGCGGGGACGUUGAGGCAUCUCAGGAGUCUAAGAUUGAUGAAGAGGGAUGGAGGAUGGAUCAACACACUACUACAAGAGGCUGAGAAUGAGUGAGUCUACACUUUAGUCUGCACCGUCGAGAUUGUCACUUCACAACGCUGACUGCUGACACAUUCUAAAUUGCAACGCAGGCGUAUGCAUCUGAUGGUGAGUGGACUCGAUUCGUAGAGACUCAGCAUCCUCCUAUUCAAGCUGAUGUCUGUACGGAGGUUGCCCCAAUUCGCAGACUUUCAUGAAGAUCAAGAACCCCGGACUCUUGUUCAGAGCGUGCAUCAUCGGCACUCAGGGCGUCUUCUACAACGCUUUCUUCCUGGUGCGUCAUCUUUCUUCAUCUCUACAAAUCCGCCACCUUGAACUGAGGAAGCCUUCCCGCGCAGGCGUACAUCCUCUCCCCGCGCUCGGCGCACCGCUUCGUCGGCUGCCUCGAGGAAGAAGCGUGCCUGACCUAUACGCAAAUCAUCGACGAGAUCGAACGCGGCCACAUCCCCGAAUGGGACGCUAAACGUAACCCUCAGACGGCGACCAAAGUUCCGGGCAUCGCGUUGGACUAUUGGAGGUUACCGAGUGGGGAGACGACGAUGCUUGAUUUGAUCAAGCAGGUUCGAGCGGAUGAGGCCGGACAUAGGUGAGCUCACUUAUUCUUUGGCAACCAAACCCUCCCAAACUUUUGAGUCACUCUUCUGACCCCCUGUUCACUUGAAACCUCACCUGAUACAGGUUCACCAACCACACUCUAGCAAACCUUGAUUACGCGAGUGACCACAACCCGCUCGGCUUCCGCCAUGCGAGCGCCAAAAUGCAAGGCGAGGUCCCCGGCCUCAGCCGCGAAGAAUCGAUGCGCUGGUCCGAAAGCGUCGAGAAGGAGAUGAGGCAGAAGAUUGAUGCACAGGCAAAGAACUGA